GCAUGGAAGUCCAUUUGAAACCGUCGCUGAUUCUUAGUUAGGUUUUAUUCGCUUCUUCUACUUUUAGCGGCGCUGCGAUUCCAUGAUCGUCACGGUUAUCAGCUGAAUUCGACUAUAACUCUUUCACUUCGAGAAUUGAGUCCAAAAAGAUAGCUCUGACACCCCUCCUCGAUUUUACUCGCAUCUCGCAAGACAUAGUCUCUGCAGCUCUUAAGCAGUUGAAAGAGAAUGAGAACCAAGCGAAAACGAGCAUGCAGGAAGCUCCCUGCCCGAAAACCAGCUGCAUUGGCCAAAAAUGAAAAAGCAGUGAACCAAGUUGAAAAAACAGCGAACCAAAGCGAGGAAGUAUUUUUAAAUUUUAUUAACCAUAAUAGGCAAGAGGAGGCUGUGUCUGCAGAUUCGAAUGAUUUGGAAGUAGUUAACUUAGACCCUGCUGGGGCCAAGAGUAAUUCAUCUUCAUCGUCCUCUUCAAGUGACAGUGACAAGUCAUUUGGUGCUGAAGAAAGUAGCUCUGACGACUCAUCAGUUGAAAGGAGAUCAAGGAAUUCAACUAAAGGACAUGGUAAUGCAAAGCAGAAAGCAAGUAAAUUACUGAAGAAAGGAAGGAAAGAUGGUGAUAAGCUGCCCAGGGUUUUGCGUUCUUCCAGUAAAAAGCAGGAUGAAUCUACGUUGCCUCAGCAGGACUCUCGCUACAAUAUGAAAGAACUGAAAGCUUCAUUGGAGGUGAUUAAGAAAAUAAUGAAGAUGGAUGAGGCUCAACCAUUUAAUGUUCCCGCCGAUCCUGUUGCUUCGAGAAAACCUGAUUACUUUAGUGUGAUAGAUACCCCAAUGGAUUUUGGUACAAUAUGUUGUAAUUUAGAGAAUAGCACAAAGUACAUGAAUGCAGAAGACGUUUUUAAUGACGUGCAAUACAUUUGGGAGAACUGCUGCAAGUCCAAUAAGAAGGGAGAGUACAUAGUUUAUCUAAUGAAACGAGUGAAGAAAAAAUUCAUGAAGUACUGGAUAGCCGCUGGCUUGAGCAUUGAACAAUCAAGAAAGAUUAAUGGCUAUAGCCAACCUCAUCAGUUGCCGCAACCUGCACCAAGCACUACACGGACACAGUUGCCUCCGGGGAGUUAUCAGCUACCUCAGCUGUCACACCAUCCGCAACCAAGCACUAGUCAGCCACAAUUCUCCCAGUUACAAGCUCGCACAGGAUAUUCAAAUUUUCAGCCUCCUGGAGAUGUAGCCCCAAAACACAAAAAACAUGCAUCUAAGAAACAAAAAAAGAACUCAGCUAUGGGUCCUGCAGCCUCCAUUCUCAGUGAGCCACCAGACCAGUUACAACAGCAUCAUUUGAGCUACUGGCCGCCAUAUGAACAGAGCAUCAACCAGCUACAAUUCUCUCAAUUGCAGGCUGCCGUAGAUGGUGGACACUCACACUUGCUGCCUCAAGCAGAUUAUACAAGGUCCCGUGGCUAUGUUCCCUGUUAUCCAGUGGAUCCCAUGGUUCUCCCUGGCCGAUCACAUCCCCUGCAGUCCCCAUUGAGCCAUGGGGAAUCUAGUGAGCCACAGCAACGGAAACCGAAGGCAACCCAUUGCCAGCCUCAGUCGUCCCAGCUGCAAGAUAAUGUCGAUUUUGAGCAUUCUCACAUGUCUCUUACAGAUUCUACCGUGAGGGGUAUUCGAUGUGCACUUAAGUAUUCUGCUGGCCCCACAACCAAUAAAUCUAACCGAGUAAAUCAGAAGCAGUUGGGCCAUGCCAAAUCCCAGCCCGAGCAGACCCCACAGAGCUUGGAACAGCAACCGUUCACAAAAAAGAGGAAAGGAAGAGGUCCUACACGCUGCCGCUUCUUGGACGACCUGGCAGAAGGUGAGCAGAUAUUUGUCCAGAUCAACAAGCUUGGACAGCCUGUUGGUCCAAAUGCAUACAAGCUAAGCUGCUUCCUGGGCACUAUAGCACGGAAUGGACACAGAGCACCCCUUACUUUUGUUCACUGGAGGGCAAUGCCAGAUUCUUAUAAAGUGGACAUGUGGGACUAUGUUCAGACAAAGUUUGACAUUGAUCCAAGUGGCAAGUCUUGGGUCAUGCAGGCUAUUGGUACAAAAUGGAGGGACUGGAAAGCUGAUUUAAAGGCAACGUAUUACUAUUCUCUUAAGACGGAUGAAGAGCGCUUGAAGGUAUGUGAUCCAAGGGUUGUCCCUGAGCAAUGGUCAAGUCUUAUUUCAUACUGGAACACUGAUGAGGCAAAGAAGCGUUGUGCAAGAAAUAAGGCUAUCCGUAAAAAACAGACGUGUGGACAUUCAUCAGGGACCAAGAGUUAUGCAAGGAUAUGUGAGGAGGAGCGAAACAAGAGGCCUGAUGGGAAGGAACCAACUAGAGCUGAGCUUUAUAUACUAACACAUACACGCAAGGAUGGACAGCCUGUUGAUGAGACUGCGUCAAAAUUAAUUUCAAAGAUCCGCGAACAAGAAGCUAAGAAGCAGAAUAACUCACGAUGUAGUGAUGAGUCAAAUGACACCUUGUGUCAAGUUAUGGGAGAAGAAAAAGGCGACUGCAUGGAAACUUCUGGAAUGGGUCCCAAUCGUACUGGUAUUUUUGGCUCAAGGCCUAGCCGUGCUGCCCUUGUGAGGAUGGCUUCCGAGGCCAAAAGUUCCGCAAAUGAGGAGGUGCGUAAGAUGACAGUGAAAAUGGAGGCCAUGGAGGAAAAAUAUACCCUUAUGGAAAACCACAUGGCUAGAAUGGCUUCAAACAUGGAAAAGUUUCUACAGAAGAUUGACGCGUCUUCAAAUGUUUUGGGGUCUGAACAGCAUUUCCACGAGGAGGAAGACCCAGAAGAAGAUGAUACUUGAUGGACUUUACCCACCGUUUUCGCCCUAGGUGGCGUUAUGUUGAUUCAAUUUGGUAGUGUUUUAAUGUUGAACUUCUGAAACAUGAACCAUUGAAGGAAUGAAGUUGCUAAGUGAAACGUUCUAUUUUAUAUGUAUGUAUAGGGAGCUAUUAAGCUAAAUGGUCGUGGGUGGAUCGCCACCACCGGACGACUAGUUGAAUCGUUUCUCUCCAGUAUUUAUUUUUUCCCCUGAUGAGUUUAUGUUUCCGGUAGGAUAACGACAAUGCAUGCAAUUAUUUAAUCGGUUUA